AUGGCAACCCCUCCGACAACCCCCGUCGGGGAGUUAGUCCUCUCCAAAACCCUCAACGGCCACACCGGCUGGAUCUGGGACGUCACCCUAUCACCCAAUGGCGAAAUCCUCGCCUCGGUAUCGAACGACAUGAUGAUCCGCCUCUGGAACGCCGGAACUGGCCUGCAGCGCGGCGCGGCCAAAGAUAACGGCCACUCCAGCUGGGUGCGCGCCGUGCGCUUCUCGCCCAUGGGUCGACUGCUCGCUACGGCCUCGGAUGAUAUGUCUGUUCGCAUCAGCGACGCCAAUACCGGCUUCACUUAUCGCAUGCUCAAGGGCCACACGGGGAAAGUGCGCGCGGUCGAGUUCGCCCCUGAUGGACGGACUGUUGCCUCCGCGUCGGAUGAUUAUACUGUUCGGUUAUGGAACGCCAGCUCGGGCGCGCUCCUGAAAACCUUUACGGGCCAUUUCGGUUGGGUGCGUGCUGUGGCGUUCUCACCGGAUGGGAAGACUAUCGCUUCGACUUCUGACGAUCACUCGGUACGGCUUUGGGAUGCGGCUACUGGGAAUCAACUGCACCAGAUGAAUGGGCAUUCUGCGUCCAGUCGGGCGGUCUGCUUUUCUCCUGAUGGUAAGCUGGUCGCGUCUGGGUCGCUAGAUAAGACGGUGCAUAUUUGGGAUACGGCUUCUGGGGCUCUACUUCAUGUUCUUGGUCAUUCGGGUCCUUUGCGCUUGAUGGCUUUCUCGGGGGAUGGGAGGUGGAUGGCAUCUGCUGCGGAUGACUUGACGAUUCGGGUGUGGGAUGCGUCGUUUGCAUGUGUGCGCGUUGUCACUGGCUAUUCCGGCUGGGUUCGGGCUAUUAAACUCUCGCAUGAUGGACACUUGGUCGUUUAUACGUCCGAUGACAUGACCAUCAAGAUCUGGUCAUGA